AUGACCGUCAAUGCUCACCAUCGAUCGGUCGAGUGUAAGACAAUUGAUGGAACAACCAUUUCAGCAUGGCUCUAUGAAGCUGAUGGGCCGGCACCGGCCAUUAUCAUGUCGCACGGUUUCAAUUGCGUGAAAGAAAUGGCUCUCCCAGAAGUAGCGGAGGGUUUCCAUUUGCUAGGCUAUAAUGUGUUCUUCUAUGAUGCUCGCAGCGUAGGUGGCAGUCAAGGCCAUCCACGCAACCUCAUAGAUCCGCUACAAAUGGCAGAGGAUUUAUCCGAUAUAUUCACAUACGUAUCGCGGCUCCCGUCUGUGGACCCUUCCAAUAUCAUACUCUGGGGUCUUUCCGUCGGCGCUGUUAUCAGCGCCUGCAACGCGGCUGUGGACCGUCGUCCUAAAGCUGUAGUCAUGGUUUGUCCUUUAUUCAGCUUCGUGAAGGCCGAAAAGCGCGAUAAAGCCUUCGUCAAAGUUAUACAGGACCGCGUUUCGCAGCUGCGUGGUAACCCGGCUCACGAAAUAGCGCCUUUUACUCCACGAGGCGAAAACCCUAUCGGCAUGGCAGGAUCUGGAGGACCAGGCGGACAUGAAUCCUAUGCAUUUAUGCGUCUGGCCAAAGAAAAAGGAGCGGCUGGUUUCAGAGAUCGAAUCGUUUUACAGACAUAUCACAAACUGGCUUUUUUCCGACCCUUGGAAUAUCUUGACAUGAUUAAGGCUCCGGUCUUCAUGGUCGUGCCUGAGUUAGAUUUCAUUUCAGACCCAGAGGAGCAAAAGGACGCAUUCGAAAAGAUCACGGCUCCAAGAUCAAAACUGCAUUUCGCGCUUGGGAAGGGUCAUCUAAAUGUAGCCACGGGAGAAGGGGGUGCAGACUUAGUCAAGCUAACAGACGAGUUCAUCCAAGACGUCCUCAAACAAUAA